AUGGCGGAAACACGCCACGAGAGUGAUGCAAGCGGCAUUACGGGCGGCGAGAAAUGGCCUGCCACCCAGCCUGAGGUCUCCUUCGUCAAGACCCAGGAGACUUCCCCUGCUCGGUCAGAUGGGAAGAUUAUCCUAGACGAGAUCGAAGGCUACGAGCACACGGCGUACGCCUUCUCGAACAAGAGGAAAUGGUGGAUCCUCACCGUGGUCGCACUGUGCCAGACGAGCAUGAAUUUCAACGCAGCCGUCUACUCCAACGCGGUCCACCCGCUCAACGAACACUACGGUAUCACCCGCGCUCGCGAUGGCAUGGCUGGCUUCCUCAUCACAUACGCUUUCGGCUGCGAAUUCUGGGCGCCUUGGUCUGAGGAGUUCGGCCGCUGGAAGAUUAUGCAGGCCUCGCUGUUCUUCAUCAACGUCUGGCAGCCUCUCGCUGGUGCGAGCACGUCGUGGAACCAGGUACUAGCGGCUCGUGUCCUUGGUGGCUUUUCUACAGCCGGCGGAUCGGUCACUCUAGGGAUGGUUGCCGACAUGUUCGAUGCAGAGGAGCAGCAGUACGCAGUUCUUUGGGCUUCGUUCUGGUCGUGUGUGGGCAGCGUCAUCGGCGGUAUCUGCGGCGGCCCCAUCGAGCAGUAUUUGAGCUGGCGCUGGAACUUCUGGAUCCAGCUCAUAUUCGGCGGCGUCGUCCAGAUCAUCCAUGCCUGCUCCGUCCCCGAAACACGCUCAACAUGCAUGCUCGAUGCUGCAGCCAAGAAACUGCGCAAGCGGGAUCCGGCAUGCAACGUCUAUGGCCCUAACGAAACCAAGAGACUCCGCCAACGUCUCUCUUUUGGAGAAACCGUCAAAACAAUGUGGCGUCCAUACCACAUGCUGUUGUUCGAGCCCAUCGUGUUGUGCCUAUCCCUUCUCAGUGGCUUCAGCGACGCUCUGAUCUUUAGCUUUCUCGAGUCCUACGGCAUCGUCUUCGGGCAGUGGGGAUUUACUCCGACCCAGUUUAGCAUGGCGAUGUUUGCGCUCUUCAUCGGCUACUGUGCGGCGUACGCCUCUUUCUUCCCGGUCAUUCGCUGGCACAAUCAUUUGCGAGCGGCGGGCGACCCUACUCUCACGCCUGAGAGUCGUCUUUGGUGGCUUCUCUUCCUGGCCCCGCUUUUGCCGAUGGGACUUCUCGGUAGCGCGUUUACCGUUACCGGCCCCCCUUUGCCAUGGAUCGCACCUCUCGUCUUUGCCGUACUGAUCGGUGCUGCAAACAUGGCAAUCUAUUAUGCCACGAUUGACUAUAUGGUCGCCGCGUACGGAGGCAAGUACAGCGCGAGUGCUACGGGCGGCAAUGGCUUCUCGCGAGACCUGCUUGCUGGCUUGUGCGCAUUCUAUACGGGACCCAUGUACAAACAGCUGGGCACGAAGAACUCGACCUUGCUGCUCUUCGCUGUGUCGGUUUUGGUUUGCAUUCCAGUAUACAUCUUCUACUGGAAGGGACCUGUGAUUCGAGAGCGCAGCAGGUGGGCUGAGAAGAUUAAGGCGGACAAGGAGAAGAUGGCUGAGGUUCGUCAGAGGAUGUUGGAGAUGCGUCGCACUCAGGCUCAGGUGUAG